AUGCGAAAUUUUAUUACCAAGUCAUACCUCGUUCUGUUGGAGGUUCCUCGAGAAUCCGUGAGAAAAAUCGCACGCGAGCUGAACCGUCCGUUCAAGUACCAGCCGGUGCAAAAGCUGGGCCCAGGUGAUGCCGAACGAAGACUGACGUACUGUCGCUGGGGACUGGAGCGUCUGCAGGAGGAUCCCGAUUUCUUCAGGAACGUGUGCUUCACGGACGAAGCGCUGUUCACGAACCUCGAACUCGUCAACAAGCAGAACUGUCGUUGGUGGGCUCCGGAAAACCCACACUGGAUCGUCGAACAGGACAACCAGCACCGUUGGAAGCUCCACGUCUGGGUUGGAGUAUUACAGGACAGGAUCCUCGGGCCCAUUUUCCUCGACGGAAAUCUCACGUCAGCCAAGUACACGACCGUACUCACCGAGGAACUUCCCAGCCUGAUGGACGGAAACCCCAUCCGUAUGGACCAGGUUUGGUGGCAGCAGGACGGGGCCCCUGCCCACAACAGUAACGCGAACAAGGCAAUCCUGGACGCCAUGUUUCCGGAGUGCUGGAUCGGUACGAGAGGUCCGGUUAGGUGGCCAGCGCGCUCACCAGAUCUCACCGUCUGUGAUUUCUGGUUCUGGAGUAGAGUCAAGGAAAUCGUCUACGAACGGGCCCCCACAACAAAACACGACAUGCGCCACCGCAUCGCCGAAGCGUGUGCCGCUAUUCCUGUUAGGGAGAUGCAACGGGUGCGAGGGUCGAUCCGGAAACGGCUCGCACUCACUGUCCAGCAGAACGGAGGGCACAUCGAGCAUCUCCUCAGGCAACGGAACCAGGAAUGA